GUCCCUGGGUAUUCGUGUUGCCAUGUAUUCUUUUAUGGCAGGAGCCAUAUUCAUCACAGUGUUUGGCAAUCUUGCCGUGAUCAUUUCCAUCUCCUUCUUUAAACAGCUUCACACACCAACCAACUUCCUCAUCCUCUCCAUGGCAGUUACCGAUUUCCUCCUUGGAUUCACCAUUAUGCCCUACAGUAUGGUUAGAUCAGUGGAGAAUUGCUGGUAUUUUGGUCUUACAUUUUGCAAGAUCCAUUACAGUUUUGACCUGAUGCUUAGCAUAACAUCCAUUUUCCAUCUUUGCUCAGUGGCUGUUGAUAGGUUUUAUGCUAUCUGUUACCCUUUACGUUAUUCCACAAAAAUGACAAUUCCAGUCAUUAAGCGAUUACUGCUUCUCUGUUGGUCUGUUCCUGGAGCUUUUGCAUUCAGUGUGGUUUUCUCAGAGGCUUAUGCUGCUGGAAUCGAAGGCUAUGAUAUUUUGGUUGCUUGUUCCAGUUCCUGCCCAGUGAUGUUCAAUAAGCUCUGGGGGACCACAUUGUUUAUGGCAGGUUUCUUUACUCCUGGGUCUGUAAUGGUGGGAAUUUAUGGCAAAAUUUUUGCAGUAUCCAGAAAACAUGCUCGUGCAAUUAAUAACUUGCCAGAAAAUCAAAACAAUCAAAUGAGGAAAGACAAAAAAGCAGCCAAAACCUUAGGAAUUGUGAUGGGAGUUUUCCUGUUAUGUUGGUUUCCCUGUUUCUUCACAAUUUUGUUGGAUCCCUUUUUGAACUUCUCUACUCCUGUUGUUUUGUUUGAUGCUUUGACAUGGUUUGGCUAUUUUAACUCCACAUGUAAUCCCUUAAUAUAUGGUUUCUUCUAUCCCUGGUUUCGCCGAGCACUUAAGUACAUUUUGUUAGGUAAAAUUUUCAGCUCACAUUUCCAUAAUACGAAUUUGUUUACUCAAAAAGAAACUGAAUAG